UGAGCCCCAAAAAGUUAACGUUCUCUUAUUGCCCCUCUAUCUCUCUCCUCUCUCUCCGGCUCUGAUUCUGUGCGCUCCGAUUUUUCUCUCUCUCUCUCUCGCUGCUGCAAUUCCGCAUCCUCGAUCGAAGAUGGCGUGAAGAGGAGCGGACCCAGUUGGGAAAGCUUCCCUUUUGACUACUCCCCUCCCGCAGCCGAGCAGCUGCUGCAGCUUGCUGCAAAGAUCGGUUCUUGAUUUUUGCCGGGAAUUCCUGCCGGGCAGGUUCAAGUUCCCGCCUUGAGCACGGGGGGCGUCCGAAGAGUCCGUGAGGAAUCGUGGGUUCUUCUUCUUCUUCGCGCCGGAAUCGCGAUCGGGGAUGGUGGUGGUUUCCGGGGCCGUCUCGGUGGCGGACCGGCUUCAGUGAGUGGGGCGGUGAUGGAAUCUGAAGUCCUGUCGCGGGGCUGAAGUCGAGGAAUUUCGGUGCUGAAUUCUCUUUUGAGCCUGUCGUGGUCGGCUGAGUUACGCGGGGCGGAGGUGGGUUCACGAGGUGCGUUGGUUUCGAGAAUCUGCGGGGGAAGGGAAUUUUUUUUGUGUGGUUGGGGGAGGUUCGGUGGUGGUUGUGACGAUAAAGUAGAUGGCUUUGAGGUGGUAUUAGAGGCAGGAGGGAGAGGCGAGGGAAUGGCGAUGGAGUCGAACAUGCCGAGGUCGUCGGCCCUGAGCAGGCACGCGAUUUCGUUUCAGACCGGCGCGUUGAACACCACCUCGGAGAUGGUGCCGAUGAUGGGGAGCGGUUACUUCGGGGUCAACAGCACGGGCGGGAUGGUUUUCUCUGCCGGGAGUUCCGCCGUCCUGAGCAACAAUCUGGGGUUGGCUCAAGCGGGCAAUUCUUCGAGCUCGCUCCUCGUGGACUACGUUCCGGGGCUUAAGCACGAUGCGGAUUUGGCUGUGGAGUGGUCUGCUGAUGAGCAGGAUAAAUUGAACGAAGGCCUCAGGAGAUACGCUGAUGAGCCUAAUAUAAUGAAGUACAUCAAGAUAGCGGCCAUGCUGCAGGACAAAACUGUGCGGGAUGUGGCUUUGAGAUGUAGAUGGAUGACGAGGAAGCGAAGGAAACCUGAAGAACACAAUCUAGGAAAAAAGGUGAACAGCCGGAAGGAUAAGCUGGUGGAAUUGUCUGCAACUAAUUCUUCAUGUCUACCACAAAAUGUGGCUGCCUAUACUCCUAUGAUUCAACAUAUGGACCACAAUGAGCUUCUAUCUUGUGAGGAUAAAUGUCUCAAGUGCAUGUCAUCAGUUGUAGGGAUUGAUGGUGCUUCUAGGCUGCUCUUAAAGCAAAAUUUGCAAGCGUUCAGCCAAAUCUCUACGAAUCUUCCUAUGCUCAAGUUACAGGAGAACCUUGACCUCUUCUAUCGUGCGAGGAACAAUAUAACUUCUGUCCUGAAAAACAUGAGAGAUAUGCCUGGUAUAAUGAGCCAGAUGCCACCACUACCUGUUUCCAUUGAUGAAGAUCUCGCAAGUACUAUAUUGCCCAAUAUUAGUCAGCAAAUCAUGUUUGGUUCGCAUGGAAGGAUCCAAUUGAAGCAGGAGCCAAGGUGCUAAGGGGAACUGACUGAAAUUCAAUUGCAUAUAAGAUUUGUGAAGUACAGAACAGUUCUGCUGUAUAACACAAGAUGCUGUUGCUGAACAUUCUUCCUUUCGUGGAAAUGAGCGUCUAGCGAUUGCCAAAAAGUUCAGAGAUCGCAUUUUUGGAAUCAGAACCUCCACCUCUCAAACUAGCGAAAGUGAAAACUUGACGAUAGAAGCGCAGAACAUGCGUUAUCUACUCAUCUUGAAAAAAGAGGUUUCUUGACAAAACUUCCUUUUCCUUGGUGAAGCUCUAGUUUAAGUGCAUUGUGUAUAGAGAUCAUAGACAUCUACUCUGUAUUACUUUUUCAGUGCCUGAUGUGUAACUUAUAUCUAAGUCAAUAUUCAGGUUAAGCCACUGAUCUUAUACAUUGUCAGCAUCCACGUUUUGAUUCUUCGAUGUACUUUUGGAGCAUUUGUGUUUUAUCAUUCUCGUUUGGGUCAGCCGGAGCUCUUUUCACUUUGUAAUAAUGUACCAAAAGUCAUUUUGACAACCUCUGAGCUCCGUGAAAAUAAAUUCUUUUAGAGGGACAGUGAUGCGGGUCCUUGUUUUUAUGUCUGUAACUAAAUUCUUCUGUAUGAUUCCCCAACUGUUUUUCGCAACAUUCUGCAGUAACAUUGACAUUCGAUGUUGGUUUC